AAGAGGCGGCGCAGGCGCGAUCUGCCAUAGGCAAUGAGGUCCGCAAGGAAUUUAUUUUCUCGUAGAAUGUUGAAGCGUGCAUUUGGAAGCCAGAAUUUGAGGCGUUGGCUGAAGUUUCCGCUCUCUUAGUACUCUCUAGCUAUUAUCAGAUUAUUUGUUUGUUUUUGUUAUUGUCAUUAUCCUUAAAAUUUCUAAUUCUUUAUUUCUUUUGAUGAAAUUGUUAUUUUUUCCAGCAGUUAUUAUAUUUCCAUUGUUACCCAACUUUGCUCAUCAUUUGCCUCAGAGUAACCGGCGCUUUUCCUUGUCGCGCGAACGGCCGCCGACCCUGGCACUUCUCGCCAGGACGUCGACUGCAAGGCAACACACGCAAAGACACUUUAUCCCUGUCUCCUUAUGCCACCUCCGCCCACAAUGCCACGCCUAACACCUCUCCCUCCCGCAGAGUGUGGAGAGACCUACGCCCGCACGAACAGGAUCGUGGGCGGCGGCGACUCCAGCUUCGGAUCACACCCGUGGCAGGCGGCCAUCAUCAAGGAGUCGUUCCUGAGCAAGAGGAUCUCCUGCGGGGGCGCGCUGCUCAACAAGCGCUGGGUCAUCACCGCCGCGCACUGCGUCUACUCGACCCCGACGAGCAACAUGAAGGUGCGGCUGGGCGAGUGGAACGUCCGCAAGCAGAACGAGCGGCUGCCGCACGAGGACUUCGAGGUGAUCCGCAAGGAGGUGCACCCCAACUACCAGGCGGCCGACUUCCAGAACGACGUCGCCCUCGUCAAGAUCGGCCGCGACGUCACCUACAAGGAGCACAUCAUCCCCGUGUGCCUCCCGCAGCAGGGCGACGUCUUCACGGGCCAGUACGCCACCGUCACCGGCUGGGGACGACUCUCGCACGGAAUCUCAUCCACCCCCGAGGUCCUCCAGGAGGUCGACGUGGAGGUGCUGCAGAACGACGUGUGCCAGGAGUGGUUCAAGGAGGCCGGGCGCCGCGAGACGAUCCACGACGUGUUCCUGUGCGGAGGCUACAAGAACGGCGGGAAGGACAGUUGCCAGGGUGACUCGGGUAGUCCGCUAACCCUCAUGCAGGAUGGCCGCCGACACCUGAUUGGCCUGGUCAGCUGGGGCAUUGGAUGCGCUCGACGUAAUCUGCCGGGAGUGUACACUAACUUAGCUUUGUUUUCUAACUGGAUUAGGAGAAUAAUCAGUACUUAGUUUAGGUCGUUCUUUUCUGUCAUGUAGAUUUAGUAGAUAAUUUCCGUCGUAGAUUAAUCGCCUACGUUCCUGUUAACUGUUUUCUCUUCGUCUCUAUUUUAUCAGUGUUGAUUAUUAUUUAUACUGUUUAGUCAUCUGUAAGUCGCGAUGCGCCUGAGGUGCCAGUCAGGGAUUUUUUAAUGGAUGUUGACAGCUGUUGUAUUUUUUCCAUAUAUAUUUCCCAUAUCAAGAGUCUUAAACUUUCUACCUGUGAUAAGAAGAAUGUUUAUAAGUCAGGAACUGUUAUAAUUGUUUUCUCGAUAAUUCUUGAAAGUGUAUUACAGCAUUAUGGUUCCAGUUACAGUUACGUUUACAGUGUUUCAAGAAUUUUGAAUUUUGUAACAUCAAAGGAGCUGGAUCUCCUCUGUUUAUGUAAAUAAUUAUUGUAUGAGUAAACAAAGACAUGAAAAUGCAGGUGUUGAUGUACAUAAAGUUUAUUCUUCUAUUCAGUGUUCAUGAUAUUCUGAUAUGGUUAGCAGCCACACUAUUCUGUGUAUAGCAAUAUAAUAUUAAACUUAUUUUUCA